CCGGCCUGCAGCAUCCGCACGCGCCGCCAAGAUGCCCAAGAGGAAGGUGAGCUCGGCGGACGGCGCGGCGAAGGACGAGCCCAAGCGCAGGUCGGCCAGGCUGUCCGUGAAACCGGCUCCUGCGAAAGUGGAAGCGAAGCCAAAAAAAGCAGCGGGAAAGGAUAAACCUUCAGACAAAAAAGUGCAAGCAAAAGGGAAGAGGGGAGCAAAGGGCAAGCAGGCUGAAGUGACUAAGCCAGAGACUAAAGAAGACCUACCUGCCGAGAACGGAGAGGCAAAGAGCGAGGAGAGUCCAGCCUCUGAGGAAGCGGGAGAGGAAGACGCCAGGGCUGAGUAGUCAUCCACCGUGUCCAUCAGCAUCCCUGUCUCCUUCUUGUACAAUCCAGAGGAAUAUUUUUAUCAACUAUUUUGUAAAUGCAAGUUUUUUAGUAGCUCUAGAAACAUUUUUUAAAAGGAGGGAAUCCCACCUCAUC